AUGCAAUAGAACUAUGUUUGGAGAAAGAUUAAUUAUGAUAUUAAAGAAAAGCCUAUCCUUUAAUUCAAAUUUUAAAAGGUAGGCAAGAAAUCUAAAGAUAUCUAUAUUGGAUGUUUUAAUGAAUAUUUGAUCAAAUAUAAAGUAAUAAUGCAUUUUAAAGAUUCUAGGAUCAAUUCUAUACUAUACCUUAUAAGCUAUUUGAUCUAGUAUUCACUAGCAAAUUCGAAGUUAUAAGAACUCCAUCUAAAUUAAAACAAGAGAAAAAUCAUAGCAAAGUUAGAGGUGAAGAGAUCUUAGAAUUAGGAGAAAUAGUGGCUAUUCGUUUAAUUGUAGAAAAUAUUGAUAAACCCUAUGAAAUCUAAGGGAAAACUGAUUAAAUGCAUCAACUAAGGAACUUUUUGGGAAAAAAAAUAAAUUAAAUUGGAUUUCACAAUUUAUUCCGAGUUUAUAAAAAAAUUGGGAGAGGAAAUUUUGCAUCUGUUUAUUUGGCUGAAAGAAUAGAAGAUAAUUUAAGAAUGGCAGUUAAAGCGUUUUCAAAACAAAUUGUUUAUAAUGAAGAAAAAGGAAGAGUAAGUUUACUGUACUUCAUUUUAGGAAGGAUUAAUUAAUGAAAUUUAAAUAAUGAGAGAAUUAGAUCAUCCUAAUCUAAUGAGAUUGUAUGAAGUAUAUGAAACCAUGAAUUCUAUUUAUAUGGGUCUAGAAUUAUUAGAGGGAGAUCAAUUAUUUGAAUAUUUAAAAAAGAAGAUCUCAUUUACAGAAAAAUAAGUAUAAAGUAUAAUGGUUGGUUUAUUAUUGGGUCUUAAGCACAUGCAUUCAAAAGGAAUUAUGCAUAGAGAUUUAAAAUUAGAGAAUAUUUUAUUUAAAUAACAUGGGUAUUUUUAUUAAGAUAUAUAAAUAAAGCAAUUUUGAUUCUGUAGUUAUUGCUGAUUUUGGAUUGGCUACUCAUGUAAAUAAGAAACCAUAUUUAUAUUAAAAAUGUGGAACUCCUGGAUUUGUUGCUCCAGAAAUUAUAAAUCUAAAAAAUUUAUAUUAACCUUAUGAUUCAGUUUGUGAUGUAUAUUCAAUGGGAGUUGUUUUUUAUAUUUUGUAUUAAUAUAUAUUCUUAUUAUUAGAUUGACUGGAAGACCAGCUUUUACUGGUAAGACAUACAAUACUAUUGUAAAAUAGAAUAAGGAAGCUAAUGUUAAUUUUGAUUCUCCACAUUUUUAAAAUGCUCCUAAAGAAGCAUAACAAUUACUUUUUUAAAUGCUUUAAAUAGAUCCUUAAUAAAGAAUUAAGAGUAGUGAAGCUUUGUUGCAUCCUUAUUUGCAAAGUGUUUUGUUAAUUGAUGAUGAUGAGGCUCAUAUAUCAACAGAUGAUGAUCCUAAUCUUAUGGAGAGAAUUAAAAUAUUAAAUAAAUAGUUAAUAUAUAAUAAUUAAAUUAUCUAGGACAGAAAAGGUCGAUUUUACUAGAAUCAAAAGAUAAAAUAGUUAGAAUAUCAAAGAAUUACGACUAUAAGCCACUUAAGAAUUGAAGUAAAAUUAAACCUCAGAUGAGGAAUUAAAAAUAAUUAUGAGGACACCAGUUAUUACAGGAAGAAUUAAUUCUGUUGAAAGUAUUUUCUAGUAAAAAUUUAGAUUCACCUAUGCUGAAAUAUCUUUCACCCUUCUAAAGUACAGGCUAUGAUGAAAUAGCUUAAGAUUAACUAAUUUUGUAACGAUAUUCUGGGAAAACACUAAAUAUAUGA